AUGACGUACCCCCGUCCUGAUUUCGAGCGCAACCCACUUCGCUGGGAGUCCCUCAACGGACAAUGGGAUUUCCUUUUUGAUGAUGGCGACGCUGGCCUUUCCGAGAACUGGCAGCGUUCCGGCCUCCCUGAAGAGGUCAAAGUAACCACUUCCACCACUUCCCGCAAAGAAGGAGGCCAAGACAGCGUUGUCCAGAAGAUCAUGGGCGAGGCCCAUUCUCUUAUCCAGAACAACGUCUUCACCUCAUCCACCCAGACUUCAAACUCAAAAACCAAGAUCAACGUUCCCUACGUCUUCCAGUCUCCUGCGUCGGGAAUCAACGACCGUGGCGUCCAUGAGGUCUUGUGGUACGAGCGUGCUAUUUCAGACUUGCGAUCUGCUCAGGAAAAAGAAAAGAACCACAGGCUGGUUCUGAGGUUCGGAGCUGUUGACUAUGAAGCUACUGUUUGGAUCAACGGGGAGUAUGUUGGUGGUCAUCGAGGCGGUCAUGUCCCCUUUGAGAUUGACAUCACUGAUGCUGUCAACGCGGCCAAGGAUGCUACUACCCACCGCGUCACCAUUCGAGUCUACGACUCAGCUUAUGAUCUGACCCAGCUUCGAGGCAAGCAGUACUGGGCUGCCAAGCCAGAGACUAUCUUCUAUACACCCUCUGGUGGUAUCUGGCAGUCUGUCUGGCUUGAAGUUGUCCCCUCCGCUCGCAUUGCUGACAGCUCUUUCGGCACCGUUAUCAAGUCCAAUGAUAUUCAUUCUGGCCAACUUCGCAACACUAUCGUCACCAAGGGACGACGUAUUGGCAAGGACUAUAGUGUUGAGAUCGAGGCUAGAUUUGCUGGUAUCCGUGUAUCCAAGUCUGAGAAGAAGGCUCUCCCUCGAGAAUCCAACUCGGUUGGCGUUGAGCUUAACGUCCGUUUGUCCGAAGAGCAGAGAUCGAAGCUGCCUAAGUCUUUUCUUGAGAGCGCACCUCUAGAGAACGACUUUGCCUGGCGCGAUGGUGUUGCGCUAUGGUCUCCUGAGCACCCUCAGCUCUACGAUCUCGUCAUUCGCCUGUAUGAUGACAAAGAAACAAUCAUCGACGAGGUCCAAACCACAACCGGCAUGCGAAGCAUCAACUGGACAACAGGUGAUGGCACAUGGCGCCUGAACGACAAGCCAUACUUCCAAGCUUUGUGUCUCGACCAGGGCUAUUGGCCCGAGACCUUCAUGACGCCCCCCAGCUCCGAAAGUCUCAAGCUUGAUAUCGAACUCGCCAAGAAGAUGGGUCUCAACGGCUGCAGAAAGCACCAAAAGGUCGAAGAUCCGCUAUUUUACUACUGGGCUGACAAGCUUGGUUUCCUCGUCUGGGGCGAGAUUGCCAAUGCUUAUGCCUUUAGCGCAGAGUACAUUGAUCGUUUCAACGCUGAGUGGACUGAAGCUGUCAAGUUGGUUAUCAAUCGCCCUUCUGUUGUGACAUGGACUCCUGUGAACGAAAGCUGGGCUUACCCAUCGCUUGAGGAUAAUGCAGAUCAGCGAAACCAUAUCCGUCAACUGUACUAUCUCACAAACGAUGGUCCAGAGAUCGAAAAGACCUGCUCCACUCUCGAAGGCAUCAUUAGUCCCAAGGCUGACGGUCGAGGCGUUUUCCUGGAGCCCAUCCCUGGUGUUGACGAGGGCUCGGCACACAAGCCUGGUGCACCCGUCAUGAACACCGAAUUCGGCGGCGUCAACAUUGCUCCCGCCAAGAAAGAAGAGGGUAAAGACCUGGACUGGGGCUACACUACUGCCACAAACCCUGACGAUCUCGUCAAGAGAAUCGAGCGUCUUGUGAACGGCAUUGUUCUUGGAGGACACUGUUGUGCGUUUGUGUACACCCAACUUGCCGAUAUCGAGCAGGAGGUUAAUGGAUUGUACACCUUUAACCGAGAGGAGAAGCUAGAUGCUUCCAAGGUGAAGGCUGUUCUUGAUAAGGCUAUUGGACAGUACUACAACAGAGUACGAUAG